AUGUCGGAAAACCACCCAGCAGUCUUCGAAGAUCCUAGUGAGGUCAGAUGGCAUAUGGCUGCUGAAAUAAGCAAGGCUCUUCUCAACGAGGCCAGGGCUGCAAUGGGAAGCCAUGUCCCUCAAAAAAGAAAGAGGACUAAGAGAGGGAAAGCAGUCGCAAGCGCAGCGGCCACAAGUAACAGACGUAAGAAACGUCAAAAAAAACAAAAAACGUUGUGCAUAAGCUUCUGAAGUUCAAUGAUCACAGUGUCUGAGGAAGUCCCUCACAUCGAAGAAGAGAUGACUGCAAGUCUUGAUACACGUCUUCAAUAGCUGAGGGACACGCUUGACUCAGUUGAGGUUAAUGUGGCAGCUGAAAAAACAGCAUGGGCACAGCGGCAGCUACACGCUGAUACAAGGGCAAAAGCAGCAAGGCCAGUGCUGCUUGAUGCUAAACUGUCCACUGAAAGAGAUGUCAACCAAAAAUGCACUAUAUAGGUUUGACGUCUUCGACGCUUUUGCUCACAUUAAAGUUUCGGCUCCUUCGAUGUCAAGGCAUGCCUUUUUAAAGCUACUGGAGCACCGUUCUGUUCAGGCUGGAAGGGCAGAUAACAGUGGAACAUGUGGCGUUUCAAGGUUCAGGGCAAGUAAGGAGAUGUCAAAAAAAUCAUCGUCCAAAAUAGAUGAAGAGGGCAUACAAGUGGCAGUCUGCAGACACGGGAUAUUGCUGCGUGGACUGAACCACUACCGUGGCGAGGUCUUUGCCUACCCAAUGUUUUUACAGAAGGAAUUGUCAGAGAGGGCCAAUGUCACUUUCUUCUGCAUGGAUGUUGUCUGCAGGUACUGGCAGCCAUACCUAAGCAAAGCGACUGAAGAAUCAUCCGAUCUUCAACCACUGAUGGAAAUGAGGCCAUUUCUUAGUGUGAUGCAUGCCAAAGCUCAUACAGCAAAAUGCGAGGUGAGAUGGGGCGGUAUGAAUCAGGAUGGAGCAGGGAACACUGUUGGAGAGGAAGUUGAGCAAGUAAACAGCUUUCUAUCCAGGGCAGCUCUUGUCACAAAGUACAUGACAAAGGCAGGGAGAGAGAAUAUGCUUACGCAACAGGCCAUGGGGUGGAACAGAAAAAAGACAGAGAACCUUCAUAAAGUCUUAGCCUGCAGAUACAUCAAAAUUUCCGAGAAGGUAAAGCUGGAAGUUGCCAGCUUCAGUGAUUUCCGCCAGAAGAAUGACAUCACUGAACAAACAGCACAGCAGUGGGUGUGUGAUGUUCAGCAGUGGGCAGUCACAGAGCCAGGGAGCACAGCAGAACAGGGAGCAACAGAGGAUCUCAGGGCUGAGAUAGAGAGCAUCAUAGUGGCUCUGCUACGCAAGAAGCAGGAACUCUAUCGUCAGCAUGAUAGCAACCAGACAAGACAGAGAAAAAGAAGAAAAAUAAGAGAAUUAAAAAAAAAAUGAAACAAAAGAUCCAGCUGUACAAUGCUAUUGCAGAAGAUAAAAUUGAUGAGGAGUUGGGCUCAAAUUCGACAGAGGACUACAUCCUGCCUUGG